CCCCGACUGCACAACAGAGACAACACUGACACACACUAUCCUUUCAUCCUCUCCCACCAUUCAGUCUACUCCUCUGCUCCACCAGCGUCCUUCCAUCGAUCACACUGCGACAUGAACGAAAUGGUGCCGAUCCAGCCACUCGGCUCGACCCUCUCCCUUCGCAGGUGGGCUGAUGCCAUACGCGUGCCACUCCUUCCAGAAGCCAUCCUCUGCACAAUCCUGUCUGCAGUCGUCUUCUUCCUGCCAGAAAACCUCCUUUACUCGGUCCAAAUGUGGAUCACGAAUCUGACCAAGGCCAUCGGCAUAUCUUCUGGGGUUGUUUAUGUCAAGAUCAUUGGCGAUAAAGUCGACUCAGAACGAUUUACAGUUUUGGCCACGGGGUUCUAUAUCUGGCAUUUUCCUUUCAUUGAAGCCCAUGCUACUGUGAAAAGCUUUUUGGAUCGGUUCCAUCACGCCUCAUUCGUGUUGUGCGUACUACUCCCCCACCUGCCUUUCCUCGCCGAUCAGAAACGGGCCCUCACGGAACUCCCACUGGAGUUUUUGCUCUUCGAACUGACCAAUAUCCCUUACAAUAUUGGAUUCAUAUGCAACGAUCUAGGUUACAACCACGCUGCCAAAAUUUGUCGCUACAUACGAUUUGCGGUUUUCUUGGUAGUCCGCAUCGUCUACGGAACUUAUCUAGCUACGAACAAAUCGACGGUUCUGUAUCAGCUCUGGGCAGACUCACAGUCAAUACUACUGAGCUGUGUCCUUAGCUUAUACUGCGUUUGCAAUUUGGGACAGCUCCUUUCUAAUAUCACAUGGGCUUCGAAGAUACUGCUCAAGCUGUUUGAGACGGAAGAGGAAGGGGGAGCACGGCCGGCUGCCGAGGCGGCUGCUACUGGCAGUCGAGACGAUCGGCUGCAAUGAGGGCAUCAAGUGAGGAUUCAGCAGUGGCUGUACGGGGGGCCGUCGCCUUAAUGGAAAACCUCAUGAUAUAGGGUGGCAGAAGUCUGACAGAUUUGUAAUCGAAGCAUCUUCGAACAGUUGGUAAGGCACAAUGAAGUUGCCAGUCGGGCUACAAGGCGAGCGAUGUGAUAUAGUCCAGGCAGAGUUUUCCA